UGGGCUGUUGGUGGGAGAUUUAAAGAGAGGCAGCUGCCAUAAUAUUUUCUGCUCAUAGCUUAGCUAAACCCACUCGACUCACUCACUCACUCAAAAUGGCCGGUGGUAAACGCGGAGGAAAGUCAACAGAAGCUCUCAAGACAGCUGGGGGAGGGAGCAGAAAGCACAAGGAGUCAGAACAAGACAAGCUCUCUGAGCAAGAUGUUUACGAUGUUGACAUUGACUUGGACUCGCCACAAGCAGGUGAAACUGGGGACCUACCAAGAGGCAGGGGCAAGAAGCGAGCUUUAGCAGAAGUGGGGGAUGCUUGCGGGUCCGGGAAUGAGAUGCAGAGCCUCAUAGCUGGUUUUGGUGCUGACGUAUCCAAGACUUUGGACGCCAAGAGAAAACGUCUGGAAACAUUCACUCAUGCCUCUCUGAAAGUAAGCAACGGCAAGGUCGAGAAGGUAUGGAAGGCUCAACAAACAGAAAGGCAACGUCUAGGUGACGAGUACAGUCAUCAGUCCAUGGCUGUGCUUAAUCAGUGGGAAUCGGACAUUCUGAAGAGCAAGGAUACGGAGGAGAAAUUGUCUAACAUGUUCAAACAACAGCAGAAGUUGUUCCAGCAACAGAGAGUUGUUCAGGCACAGCGACUGAAGACCAUCAAGCAACUACACGAACAGUACACAAAGAGUAUGACCGAGCUGGAUGCCUGUCACUACAAGCAACAGGCCAGCAUGCAGACUGAACUAAAGAAAGAGAUGGGACUAUUACAGAAGAAGCUGCUUAUGGAAACACAAAACCAGGAGAUAUCAAAUGUAAGAAGGUCUCUACAAAGCAUGCUGGCUCAAGUCUAGUAACUCGACACAGAAGGACUGGCAUAUAGCAACUAACAUAGCUGCAUCUCAAUCACUUACAAUUAUUUAUGUGUAUAUAUAAUACAUGUUCAUGAAGUUUGUCGUAUGCAAAUUAAUAAUGUAUCAAGUUGAUAUAAAUUAUGUGGACAACAAAUUUGU